CUUACAGAUACGCCCAUUACACUUAGCUACAGCAUUGUUUACACCUGCAGAGCUAGCUGACUUGAUCUCGUCAAAGCGUCUUCACUGACAAUUCUGUUAUUUUGGUUGACAAUGGCUUCCGGUUACCGAAAACCCACUGCUACAGCUCACAACAAGAAAAAGUCCGGUCCUAAGCCGGAUUUGACGGAGGAACAAAAACAGGAGAUCAGGGAAGCGUUCGAUCUGUUCGACACGGAUGGUUCAGGCACCAUUGACGUGAAGGAACUUAAGGUUGCCAUGCGUGCUCUUGGCUUUGAACCGAAGAAAGAGGAGAUAAAGAAGAUGAUCUCAGACAUCGACAAGGAGGGCUCAGGAACCAUUGACUUUAACGACUUCCUCAGUAUGAUGACUCAGAAAAUGAGUGAAAAGGAUUCCAAAGAGGAGAUCCUGAAAGCCUUCCGGUUGUUUGAUGAUGAUGGCACAGGGAAAAUCUCCUUUAAAAACCUGAAGAGAGUUGCCAAGGAGCUGGGUGAAAACUUGACGGAUGAAGAGCUGCAAGAAAUGAUAGAUGAAGCAGACAGAGAUGGGGAUGGUGAAAUUAAUGAGCAGGAGUUUCUCAGAAUAAUGAAGAAGACCAGCCUGUACUGAAGUGUUAACCUCUGGAAAGUCCUCUUCAAGAUCUCUCAAGGGUGCUUUAUAAUGUAGCUUUUAGGUCUUAUGUAUUUCUCAUGACCCUUUGGAAUGUAAAUUAUUUUUAACAAAGCUAAACUUGUUUUUUUUAUAUAUAUAUUUGAAACAUGAAAUAAACUGAGGAUUCUGUCGA